UAUUGCAGGAUGUGAAAUUUACUCCGUUCGUUUUGUUCACUCUGGAUUAUGGACGUGGCCUCUCUAUUCUUCCGAGAGAGUAUAUGCUAGGCUAGGCGUGGAAGCGAGGACCUAAACAGUCCUUGUUUAAAACCUGCGGAGGGAAUCAUGUCUACACAAACUGGCUUGUGUUUUUCGUCGGUUUUUGAGGAAAAACAGAACUACUUCUGCGCUUCAGAACUUCCCAGUUAACUAGGUUAAGUUCUUCAGACAGCCGAGCUCGGUCGCCUGAGAAGUUGCGCAAGCUGAAAGCUGAAGAAGAAAAGAAGGAGGGAGAGGAAAGCAAUCUGUGCUGUGAGAAAGAGGAAAUUGCAACACUGGGUUUCUCAAACUGAGUAUGGAGAAGCACUCGGUAUUUCGCCAACUCAGCCGGUUCCAGGGAAACAGCUCGGUUUGUUUCAUGAAAGUCUGAAUGCGGCUACGGCUACUGCUUCACCGACUGAAACCUAAAAAGCUCUGGAUGUUUAAUCCGUGGAUGUGGAUGCAGUGAGUGGUGAGUCACCUGAGUGGACACUCUCUCCUGGACGAGGCUCUGUCCUCCUUUUCACUGAAGUUGGUUGGCGUCACAGUGAACACAGUCCAACAAGUCAACAGCCUGGCUUGUGCCAGAGUUUCAUCCAGACAUGAGUAUGAGAUCCCUCAUUCUGCUGGCCUUGGUGUGGACAAUUGCAGGGCUAGAUCUCUGCAAAGACUAUGGUGAGGCAUUUGAGCGUGUGUUCACAGUGCCAUAUGAGGCAGCACUGUUGAACUGCUCUUUGGUGAAUGAAUAUGUCUUUGAAUUUCUGGAUACUCCUUAUAACAUAACAUGGUACAACCAGAGGACUGGCCUUGAAGUCACUGGAGAAGAAGAUGGUGCCAUAGUGAAGGGGACUAAAUUAUGGUUCCUCAAUAGCACUGUGGAACACCAGGGAAAGUACUUAUGCAUUGUCAGAACCCCUGACAAAUGCUAUAAACAGGCCACUGUUCUGCUUGUGGAGCAACCCAUGUACAGAGAGUGUGGAAGACCUCAGAAAGCACCGCAGUGGCUGCAGGCAUCAGUGAAUGAUAAUCUUGCCUGCCCUUUAAGAGACUAUACUGAAGGAGUGGAGAGCUUUUCCAUCCAGUGGUACAAGGGUUGUGAGCUUCUUCAAGAAGGUCCAAAGUUUAUCUUCCUGGACAACAAACUACUACUUCUCGUACUUGAUGUUUCCCCCAAAGACAGUGGGUUCUAUACCUGCAGAAUGAUGUUCAUCCUCGGUGGAGUCACCAGCGAAGUUGCAGAGACGAUCGAGUGUGAAGUAACUGAUGCAGUAUCACUGAGACCUCGCAUGAUUGAGCCAAGCAAAGAGAAUAUUACAGUGGCACUAGGUUCUCCAUUUGAGAAGCAGUGUCGUGUUUUCAUACCUGGCACCGAUGUUCAUAUGGUGAUACUGGAGUGGAUGUACAAUCAAAACUCUUUGGACCGGGUGUACCAGAAACCUACAAAUGAAACUCAUGUGGCAGAAGGCAUUUGGUUGGAGCGCACCCUGAAGUUUUCUUCAGUGCUGCCAGAAGAUCUCAACGUCUUCUUCAACUGUGUAGCAUACAGUAGUCGUGGAAACAUUGAAAGCUACUUCAAACUACAGCCUGCAGAUCAGGAUCUGCUUCUUCCAAUUGGACUCCUGCUGACCAUGCUGGCUCUGCUGUUCAUGAUAGGAGCCUUUCUAUACAGAGUGUUUAAGGUGGAGCUCACACUAGCCUUUAGGACCCAUUGUCCUUUCCUUUAUGAAAGCACAGAUGGUGAUGGUAAGCUGUAUGAUGCAUAUGUCGUGUACCCGCGGUUCCAUGAGGAAAGUUCCAGAGAAGUGUUUGAGAUUUUUGCAUUGAAGACCCUGCCACAAGUUCUAGAGGGGCGCUACGGAUACAGACUGUUCAUUCUGGGCCGGGACAGCAUACCUGGACAAGCUGUGGUGGAUGUGGUGGAGGACAUUCUCAGCCGCUGCCGUCGACUGCUUCUGCUCUACACAAACACGUCGCUGUGUAGGCCGGAGGGGGUGGAGUGGGUGGAGCGGCAGAUGGGCCUACACCGGGCCCUGGUGGAAGGUUCCCUCAAGGUGGCGCUGCUGGAGAUGAGUGAGGUCAGUGACCCUUCCAGUCUCCCAGAGUCGGUCCGUCUGCUCCGGGAAAAGCAGGGAGCUGUGCAGGCCUGGGCAAAGAGAAGGAGGUGGAAGUUUUGGCCUACAUGGUCAGACCAGAGAGGGACUGAGAAAAACAGCAACGCAGAGGAGCCUCUUGCUUUCUUCAGCUUGCCCCCUCACUUCUGGAGGGAGGUGUGCUACCACAUGCCAGUGAGGGGCAAAGCUAAGCCUCAUUCAAAGAGGAACAUGCUCCUGAAUCUGUGAAGUGAGGAGCCCAUGUUGGUUCAGCCAUCUUCAAAAGACUAGGAAAGCCUACAUACUCUGUGUUCCUAUUAUGGAAAAAUAAAGGCACUCCAAGAGGCCUCUUUGCAGUUAGCAUCAGGGGAAAUCCCAUACAUCUUGAAGGGCAUUCCAAAUCUCAGAAGCAUCAAAGGAAGCACCUCAAACCUUUUCAUUUGACUCUAGGGAGUCAAGAGUACAAAACUGUAGGGCUUGGGCAGCGUUGCAUGUUUUUUGCCGAAGAGCAUACCAUAUAUACUUUUGGCUAAUGCUAGGUAUUUUCAUUUUAUCUCUGUGCAUAGCAGCGCCAAAAGAUUUCAGUAGAGGUGGGGGAUAUAGCAAAAAUAUAAUAUUGCAUGGUGUUCAAAUGAUCAUUUUCACAAUACAUGUCACAAUAUUUAUUUUUACAGACAUCUGAUCAGUUGAAACAAGAAAAAAGAACCAGUAGGGCUAAAUUUAAAAAGUACUAUCAGAAAUGAAUACAAUUAUUUUUAUUCAGUAUUUGGCAUACUUUGUUGCCCUAAAUCCAGUUACAAAAGCAAUAAAGUGAGUAUGUAUGAGGCAGAUGGUAAUUCAACAUGAAAAAUAAAUAGAAUUGGGUAGAGAUGCACGAAUGGAAUUUCAGGGUCAGAUGCAAUAACUGAUUAUGACUUUGUAGUAGUUGAUACUGGUAUCAUAAACUGAUCUUUUAAAUUAUAUUAAUAAAUGGGGUGCAUAAUUGUGUAACACUAUUUGUUGUAAAUAAAAAAACUAAAAUAUGUUGAUUAAAAAGCAAACUAUAUAAAAAUAACUAAAAGAAAUGUGUGGCUUAAGACACAUUACAAUCCGAUUUUUAGCUUAGAUUGGAUUUUUCUAACUCAGCGUUUUAUAUUCACAUAGAUAAUUGACUCAAAUCUGUCAGUAAUAUACAUGAACCAACUAGCAUCUACACAUCCUAAGCAAUAACGAACCAUGUGCAUCAUUAACAACAAAAUAGCCAGCAAAAUGAGCCUUCCUCACCAAGAUUCUCAGCCUUUCUCUAUUGCAGUGAAAUAAAGCUGAAAAUGCUUUUGUUUUUGUAGUGUUUAUUAGCACUAACAUCAGGUUUGGCCAUGCUCUCACGGUAAUGCUGAAUGACAGUGCAUGUGCAUUAAAAAAUAGCACAUGAAUUUAGAUAUGAUUGUCAAAGGUUGUAAAUGCUAAUAAGAUAUGGAUCUGGUCUAGGACCCCUUACACAAGGCUGCAUUCAUGUUAGCAGGCUGAAGUUGCACAAAUCCAGUGUUUUGUUCUAAUCUGAUACCGAUCAGAUUUUUAUAGAGCAGUGUGGACAUGCAAACCUUUUUUUUUUUUUUUUUUUUUUUUAAGUCAGAUGUGAAGUAUUUUCCUAUGCAGUCCUAAAUCAGACACAAAUUCAUUCAGGGAUGACCUUAAUGAGAAUGCUCAGAUAGGAAAUCAAGGCAGCCGUGCCAAAUCUGAAGCUAGUGCCAACACAUUGUGCAAAAGUAUCUGAGCCUUUUAACCUUCGUCUUGAUCUAAUGACACUGAGAGUUGAUCAGAGUGAAUGAACUUCUUGUUCUGCUAGUGAGUUUGUUGUUCAUGAUGCUUGUUGUUCACAUGAUGUUAUUGAUUAGGAUGUACAAAUUUAACUCACUAACAUAUUCAAAUGUGAACCAUCUGAGAAAGAUUUAAUUAGAGCAAAAUAUCAGAAUUGAACAAUGAGGCUUUUAAUAUGAAUAUAGCCACAGGAUUUUAUUUGAAAAGAUCAGGUUUGUGUGUCCAUGCAGUUCUAUGAAAAUCGGAUGUGUCACACUAAAGCAAAAAAAUCAGAUAUAUGCCGCUUCAGCCUGUUAAUGUGAAUGCAGACUGUGACAAAAGUCAGAAAUCACAUCAGCAACUAUCAUAAGAUAUGACCUAUGUCUAAUAUAAAAUAAAAAAAAAAUCAAACCAACAAGUUCUCAGUGCUUCAUUACGACAUGGCAAUAUAAAUACAUAAAUAUUACACAAACUUGAGUGCUGGUCACUGCAUUCGUAUUGCUAUAUAAUCCUAUAAGGGUAUAUAUAAAAUCCUAUGAGGGUCUUUAAAUAGUAUACAUUUGGACAAUACCUUUCUUAAACCGACACUAGCAGUCUGGCAGCAAUGUUGACUGCCCCAAAAUAUUGUCACAGUUGACAUGCUUGGCUAUGCAUCUAUGUUUGUAUAUGUGCUUUUACAGAUCCCAGUCAAUCUAGAAAUAGGAUGGCAAAGUAUCAGUAGUAAUUAUUGGCCACAACUUAGGAUCAAUAAUAAUAAUCAAGAAUAUGUUUCAACUUUUCUCAGCAAAUUAUAUAUCAGCUGCUGAUAUAUUGUGCAUUUCUAGGAUUGGGAAUGAUUGAAUUGGGCACUGUGGAGUUUGGGGAGCUUCUUGCAGAAAUGCAGCAAGCACUCCAAAGCUGUACUGUGUAUGCAGCAGUUGAAAUUUUUGUCAGAAGUGCUUUUUUUAAUAUUUAUUUUUAAUUGGAAUUUCUCAUCAUGGCUUUAAAUCAUUGGCAGCCUUGCAACUUGCAAGUUCUACUCCUGCUGUCAUUUUAAUCUCUGCAAAGGCUUAUGGAUGUAUCAUUUUUCAGAUGGAAGUCUGGAUGUGUACAGCUUUCAGAUUAAAUUGAUCUAGCUGAGCUCUGAAUGAGGAGAUGAGGGAGACCAUAUCAUUGGUAUGUUUUGUUGCAGAAAUGGAUGCAAAUGAAAUAAAACAUUUGAAACACACUGU